UUGCUGGUCAUUAAUUCGCGCGGUCCGGCAUCGUCCCUCGUCUCGGAAAUAUUUUUCAGGUGAUGGCUGUCCCUUUUCCUCUGAUUUGGCUGCUUCUGCUGGUCACUUCCAUUGACGUCACGCGCGGAAAGCGCUUGGAUCGUAAACUUUUCGACAAUCGAAUUGUGGGUGGCCAGGAGGCGGAGGACGGGGUGGCUCCUUAUCAGGUGUCCAUUCAGACCACCUGGAAAACCCACAUUUGCAGCGGAGUCAUUCUCAACGAGCAGUGGAUCCUCACCGCGGGCCAUUGUGCAAAGGACUAUGGCAUCGAGGAUCUGAGGAUUAUCGUCGGCACGAAUGAUCGCCUGGAGCCAGGACAGACUUUAUUUCCGGACGAGGCUCUAGUCCAUUGCUUGUACGACAUUCCCUAUGUCUACAAUAAUGACAUAGCGCUGAUCCAUGUCAACGAGUCGAUUAUACUCAAUGAUCGCACCCAGAUCGUUGAGUUGAGCACAGAACAACCACCGGCGGGUUCCACCGUCACUUUGACGGGAUGGGGUGCUCCGGAAAGCAGCUCUCCCACAGUGCAACAUCUGCAUACCAUCAAUCUGACCCUCAUCGCACACGAGGAGUGCAGGGAGAGAUGGGACUUCCACGAUGGCAUCGACGUCGGUCAUAUUUGCACCUUUACGCGGGAUGGGGAGGGAGCCUGCUCCGGAGACUCCGGUGGUCCACUGAUGUGGGAGGGCAAGCUGGUGGGCCUGGUCAACUGGGGUAGAGCCUGCGGCGUCGGCUUGCCAGAUAUGCAUGCCAACACAGUUUACUACCAGGAUUGGAUUCGAAGGACUCGCUCAGGAUGCAAGAAUCGUGUUAACUGAAAGAGAUAAUAUGGGAUAGCGAUUAGGUGGUACCACUAUGAUGUAAUAAAAUUAUGAAAUAAAUGUAUUGAUUAAA